ACAAACAUUCUAAACCCUGACAAUCGGUCUCCCUCCCUCUCCUCUCGAUCUCACCCCCCGGCUCUUCGCGGUCUCUCUCUCUCUCUCUCUCUCUCUCUCUCUCUCUCUCUCGGGCUCCUCUCAGUUGCCCCCGCUGCUACUGUUUCUGCAGGUUAGUGUGUGUUUAAUUGCUCAUAAUCCUUCAACGUCCACUCACGGUCCCGAUUACAUCACCGCAGUUCACACUCAGAUAAAAAUCAAAAUCCACAAAAAUGGCAAUAGAGUCAUUGGCUUUUAAUAUUGCUGAGAAAGUGUUGGAGAAGAUAGCAUCCCAUACCUACCAAGAGAUAUGUUUUGCAUGGGGCUUGAAAGCAGAACUCAGAAAGCUUGAGGAUAUCUUGUUGACUGUGAAAGCUGUGCUAAUGGAUGCUGAGGAGAAGCAAGUGAAUGACCCUCCACUGCAGUUGUGGUUGGCUAGGCUUAAGGAUGCUCUUUAUGAUGCUGAGGAUGUGCUGGAUGAAUUUGAUUCUGAAGAUCAGAGAAGACGAGUGCUUCAAUUGUAUGGAACCACCUGCAAAAAGGUGGGUCACUUUUUUUCAUGUUCUAAUCCAAUUGCAUUUCGUUUUAAAAUGAGUGCAAAAGUAAAGCAAAUAAGAGAAAGAUUAGAUGAGAUUGCAAGUCAGAAAUCUAAAUUUCAUCUCACAGAACGAUAUGCAAGUGGGCAUGUUAUGCCUAGAGAAAGAGCACCGACUCACUCAUUUGUACAAGCAUCUGAAGUUAUAGGAAGAUAUGAUGAUAAAGAAAAUAUCAUUAGACUUUUACAAGACUCUAGUGAGGUUGCACAAAUCUCUAUUAUCCCUAUUGUUGGAAUUGGAGGGUUGGGAAAAACUUUACUCACUAAAUUUGUUUAUAAUGAUGAAAGGGUAAGGAGUCAUUUUCAACUUCAGAUAUGGGUUUGUGUAUCAGAAGAAUUUGACAUAAAGAUUUUGACAGAGAAAAUUAUUAAAUCUACAGAAGACCGAAUGAGACAUGUAGAGAAGUUGAAAAAACUGGAAAUGGAACAACUACAAAGAAUUUUGAGGGAAACCAUUGGUGAUAAGAAGUAUUUGCUCAUCUUAGAUGAUGUGUGGAAUGAUGACCCUAUGAAAUGGAACCAAUUGAAAGAGCUCUUGUGUAUGGGUGCCAGUGGAAGCAAAAUCUUAGUAACUACACGUAGUAACAAAGUAGCCUCCAUUAUGGGCACCAUCCCAAAAGCAUAUGAGUUAUCGGGUCUUCCUGAAGAUGAGUGUGUGGCUUUGUUUACUAAAUGUGCAUUUAAAGAAGGCCAAGUGAAGAGAUAUCCAAACUUGUUAAAAAUUGGGGUUGAAAUUGUCAAAAAAUGCAAAGGGGUUCCAUUGGCAGUGAAGACAUUAGCAUCACUUCUUCUUCUGAAUUCUGAUGAAAGUUAUUGGAAGUCUAUAAGAGAUAGUGAGUUAUGGAAAAUAGAGCAGAAGGAAACUGAUAUUUUACCUGCUUUGAGAUUAAGUUACGAGCAGUUGCCUGUUCAUUUGAAAAAGUGCUUUGCUUAUUGCUCUUUUUAUCCAAAGGACUAUGAAUUCCUUGAUUUGACAUUAAUUCAAUUUUGGAUGGCACAUGGACUUAUUGGAUCAGCCAACCAAGAUGAAGAACCGGAAGCUAUUGGGUUGCGUUAUUUUCAGGAGUUGGGAUCUAGAUCUUUUUUUCAAGAUUUUACUGGUUCUGACAGCCUAGGGAUUUCAUGUAAAAUGCAUGAUCUGGUACAUGAUCUUGCAUUAUCAUUGACAAAAAAUGAAUUUUUAGCAAUAACCUCACGCACCAGACACAUCUCACACAAUGUUCGCCAUUUGCUAUUUCCUAACUCCACUUCACUUCCCCAAGAUCUUUCCACCCUUUUACAAGGUUUAGACCAUGUGCGAACUGCCAUAUUCCAGAGUGAUAAAAAGAGUCCUAGCAGCCAAUCAGACUUGGAUUCAUAUUUAUUGAGAUUUCAAUAUUUGCGAAUGUUGGAUUUGGCUGAUUCCAAAUUAGAAAUAUCACUAGAUUGGAUUGGUGCUCUAAAGCAUUUGAGAUAUCUCCAUCUACAUGGAAAUUCUAGAAUUAAAAAGCUUCCCAAUUCUAUUUGCAAGUUAUACAAUUUACAAACUUUACGAAUAUGUGAAGGUAUUGAGGAGCUACCUAGUGAUAUAAGGUACUUGAUCAACCUUAGAUAUCUAGUGGUUUCAACAAAGCAGAAGUGUUUGCCGAUGAAUGGUAUAGGGUGCUUGACAUCUCUUAGAUUUUUGGGCAUUGCUAACUGUGAAAUCUUAGAACACUUGUUUGAAGAUAUGCAAGGCCUCAAACAUCUUCGAACCCUAGUUAUUUAUGAUUGUGAAAGCUUAAUCUCUUUGCCUCAAAGCAUGAAGUACCUCACUGCAUUAGAGAAUCUUGCUAUUGUCAAUUGUGAAAACCUCAAUUUGACAUUGGAGGAAAAUGGAAAAGAUGAUAAACACUUUGCUCAAUUCAACCUUCAAAAGCUGAUGCUUAAGGAGUUACCAAAAUUGGUGGAUUUUCCAGAAUGGCUUCUUCAAGGAUCUUCCAACGCUCUCCGGUUCUUAAAAUUGGAAAAUUGUGAAUAUAUCAAAGAAUUGCCAGUAUGCAUACAAAAUACCGCGUCUCUCCAACAAUUGGAGAUUAAAGAUUGUGAUGAAUUGAGCAAAAGAUGUGAACGUGGAAAAGGUGAAGAUUGGUCCAAGAUUGCUCAUAUUCCUAAAAUUGUUAUUAACGGUUCUGAUAUCGAUUCAUCAGACGAUUAGGUCUAUUGAGGAAUUGUCUACUUCAGCUUCUAUUGCGUCUAUUGAGCCUGGGAACUCAGAUGAAAAUAUGGCAAUUGUUGAAUCUAGUCAUAUUUGUAUUUGAUGUUGUGUUGUAAAAAAUUGCUAAUACAUGUGUAUCUCUAAACUAUUGUGAUUUUUUAUUUUUAUAUUUUAAACAGUAUCAUACCUAAUGUUGCACACACUAUCUCUCUAUUACUUGAUGCUCUUUGAGAGAAUUGCAUAAAGUCUUGACUCUUGAGAGAUCUGUCACUUUAUGUUAAUGCUACAUGGAACUAAUUUAGACUUUGACUUUUCAUUUUAUUUUAAAUUCUUUUUCAUUGUUCAUUUAUCAAUUGCAUUAAUUUCUUCUCUUACAGCUUUUGAUGAUGAUAUCUUAGAUUCGAUGGGUUCAAGAAGACGUGGACAAUA